AUGGAGGCGUUUUUGUUGAAGUAUCCCAGACAUAGCUGGUCAUGUAAGGAACUUAAGAUGUUACUCAAGUCCAAAUUAAGUGGUAAAGCUAAAGCUCAAUAUGAAGCAUUGCCCCGUGAGAUAAGACAUGGUUCAUUUGAAGGGAUUAUGGCAGCCUUGUCUAGGGCCAAUAAAGAAGACGAUCAAACGAAGAAGAAAUUAGAAACUCAAACAAUAGCGGAGUACUGCGUAGAGCUGGAGAGAUUGUCGGCCAAAGCAUACCCUGAACUGGAUGAGGUAACCUUGUCCACGGUUAGAGCGCACCAGUUGUAUGAACAGGUAGUUCAUUGGCCGGAGUCCUACUACUUCAUGGAAGCCAUGGAGAAGGACGGGGGUACUGCGUAUGCAAGCUUGAAGCAAGCGGCAAUGCGCGUAGAAAGAAGAAGGCUGACGCUAGGAAAAUGUGAAGGAGCAACAUUUGUUAGAAAGCCUGCAGUAAAGCGGAAACGGCUUGGAACGCAUGUAAUGAAGCUAGGAAGGUGGAACUCAGAUAACUGCAAGGGCAGAGGCACAAGUCCAAAGACUCUAAAAAGGAAAAGGUGCGGAAUGUGGUCGUGGGGUCCUCACGGGGGCCACGUGAACGAUGAGUCGCUCAGAGCACGGGAAAGUGAAGGCACAGCCGCAAAGCCGUAUGGAGAGAAGUGCAUAACCAAAGUAGACGUAUGUGCUAAGGCUUUGGUAGCAUUACUGGACACUGGUUCCGAGUAUCAAUUUUGCCCAUGA